AAAUUUGCUUUCUUAGUUACAUUUUGACAUCCAAUAUCUGCACGUGUAACGGAUCAAUAAACAAAAUUUUACAAUUUAAAUUUUGUAGUCAAAGACUAUAUCAAUAAUAGCCAGAAUGCCGGCUGAUCCAUCAGAUGAAAUGGCUGGACCGCAAGUCCCCAAAACGGAAUUAGAAGAGCUUCAAAUCAAGGCUCAAGGAGUAGCUGAUGAGUCUCUAGAAAGCACGAGGCGUAUGCUUGCUCUUUGCGAGGAGAGUGCGGAAGUUGGAAUGCGAAGCAUUGUUAUGUUGGAUGAGCAAGGAGAGCAACUGGAUCGUAUUGAAGAAGGAAUGGAUCAAAUUAACGCCGAUAUGAGGGAAGCAGAAAAGAAUUUAAGCGGAAUGGAAAAAUGUUGUGGGAUUUGCGUCUUACCAUGCAAUAAAAGCCAAUCAUUUAAAGAAGAUGAUGGAACUUGGAAAGGAAACGAUGACGGAAAGGUAGUAAAUAAUCAACCACAACGAGUGAUGGAUGAUAGGAAUGGAAUGAUGGCGCAAGCUGGAUAUAUCGGCAGAAUUACAAAUGAUGCCAGGGAGGACGAAAUGGAAGAAAACAUGGGACAGGUGAAUACCAUGAUUGGAAAUCUUCGAAACAUGGCGCUAGAUAUGGGCUCGGAACUGGAAAAUCAAAAUCGACAAAUUGAUAGAAUAAAUCGAAAGGGAGAAUCCAACGAAGCAAGGAUAGCUGUAGCCAAUCAAAGGGCUCAUCAACUUUUAAAAUAAUGAGAUUCUAUAAUAUGUCGAAAAUAUAACACUUCCCCAUAAUUUUUUGUUUUGUGUGCGUUAAAGCACUAAUGAAACUGUCAAUUUUUAAGUGCUCCAAUAGUUUUUCAUUUUUGUGACCAAAUUAUGUCAAAAUCCAAAUUUUAACCAAACUUUUACGCUUAAACCGGUUUUUUUAAAGUCAUAUAAGUAAAUGUCUACAUUGUUAAAAUGGCUUUUUCAAUAAGAUUUAAUAUUUUUUUAACUUUUUAGAAAUAAAAUAUGAUUUAAUAAAUAGAGAAAUUAAAAUUG